AUGGCUCUAGUAAAAACCCCAGUACUCAAAGUAAUUUUAUGUGGAGAAUAUGGUGUUGGAAAAAGUUCAAUUUUUCGUCGUUUCAUCAACAAUACUUUUGUACCUAAUUCUGAUAGGCGAUCUACAUUAGGUUUAGACCAUUUCGAAAAGGUAUAUAAAGUUGGAGACAAGGAAGUUAAGUUGCAAUUAUGGGAUACUGGAGGAAUGGAAAGGAUUGCUUCAGUAACAUCUAGUUACUAUAAGUUUGCUGAAGCAGCUAUUUUAGUGUUUUCUUUAGACAAUUCAUCAUCAUUUCAUGUACUAAGUCAACAUCUGUUAGAUAUUGUCACAUAUGCAGAGAAUGCCAAAAUAUUUUUGUGUGGGAACAAAUCUGACUUGGAAGGUACAUCACCACAAGUAACUGAUGCAGAUAUUGAAACAUUUUGUGAGCAAUGUCAUAGUCUUAUAAAUACUACUUAUAAAACAUCUUGCAAAACAGGUAAAGGUUUAGAAGAAAUGUUUUCUGAUAUAGCUGUGCAACUGGUGGAGUCAAAUCGAUCAAGAAUUGAAUUGCAGACUUUAGAUCACAACAGUUUCAAAAUAUCAAACCCUGAACCUCUGGAGGAACCAUCUUGCAGCUGUUAA